AGGGGGGAGGGAAGGGGGGCAGCUGUGGGCAGGGAGCCGGGCUCGGCCGCCAGCACUAAAGAUGGAGAGGCGCCGGGGCCUCGCAGGGGAGGGGGCUCGGCGUUGACGUGGGACGCGGCGGAGGCGCCGCAGCCGGUGGUGAUUUGCUAACCUCGCAGCACAGAGGAGUUGAGGGCGAUGAGAGCGGGUACUGCGAACUGCCGGGCGAUGCCGCCGCUACCGCCGUGAUACCGAGAGCAACAGUUCCCCAGCAACACCCCUCCCCGACAGAGGCACACACCCCCAAGAGGCACGCACACCCACCCCACGGCACCCGGCUCGGCAGUGCCCUCCUCAUUGGCCCAGGAAACGCACCCUGCCCCGCCACGCAGAGCCAGGAAGGAAAGAGAGCCUCAUGCCUAAGCCUCGGGGAGCACCAUGGAUCUGACAAAGAUGGGCAUGAUCCAGCUGCAGAACCCCAGCCACCCCACGGGGCUCCUGUGCAAGGCCAACCAGAUGCGGCUGGCCGGGACGCUGUGUGAUGUGGUCAUCAUGGUGGACAGCCAGGAGUUCCAUGCCCACCGGACUGUGCUGGCCUGCACCAGCAAGAUGUUUGAGAUCCUCUUCCACCGCAACAGCCAGCACUAUACUCUGGACUUCCUGUCUCCCAAGACCUUCCAGCAAAUUCUGGAGUAUGCAUACACGGCCACGCUGCAAGCCAAGGCAGAGGACUUGGAUGACCUGCUGUAUGCCGCCGAGAUCCUGGAGAUCGAGUACCUGGAGGAGCAGUGCCUGAAGAUCCUGGAGACCAUCCAGGCCUCAGAUGACAAUGACACGGAGGCCACCAUGGCAGAGGGCGGGGCUGAGGAGGAAGAGGACCGCAAGGCGCGCUACCUGAAGAACAUCUUCAUCUCGAAGCAUUCCAGCGAGGAGAGUGGCUAUGCCAGCGUGGCGGCCCAGAGCCUCCCUGGGCCCAUGGUGGACCAGAGCCCUUCCGUCUCCACCUCAUUUGGCCUUUCCGCCAUGAGUCCUACCAAGGCGGCGGUGGACAGUCUGAUGACCAUAGGACAGUCUCUCCUGCAGGGGGCUCUUCAGCCGCCCGCUGGGCCUGAGGAGCCGACCCUGGCUGGGGGUGGGCGGCACCCUGCAGUGGCUGAGGUGAAGCCGGAGAUGAUGCAAGUGGAUGAGGUGCCCGGCCAGGAAAGCCCUGGGGCCGCGGAGUCUAGCAUCUCAGCUGGGAUGGGGGACAAGGUGGAGGAAAGGGGCAAGGAGGGGCCCGGGACCCCUACUCGGAGCAGCGUCAUCACCAGCGCCAGGGAGCUGCACUACGGACGUGAGGAGAGCGCUGAGCAGCUGCCGCCUCCGGUCGAGGCCGGCCAGGGGCCCCCGGGCCGACUGGAGCCCCCUGCGCCUCCAGCUGAGAAGCACCUGGGCCUCUACCCCGUGUUGCCCAACCACAAGGCCGAUGCCGUGCUGAGCAUGCCGUCCUCGGUGACCUCGGGCCUCCACGUGCAGCCCGCCCUGGCUGUCUCCAUGGACUUCAGCACCUACGGGGGUCUGCUGCCCCAGGGCUUCAUCCAGCGAGAGCUCUUCAGCAAGCUGGGGGAGCUGGCUGUGGGCAUGAAGGCCGAGAGCCGCACUGUUGGGGAGCAGUGCAGUGUGUGCGGCGUGGAGCUUCCUGACAACGAGGCUGUGGAGCAGCACAGGAAACUGCACAGUGGGAUGAAGACGUACGGGUGUGAGCUCUGCGGAAAGCGGUUCCUGGACAGUCUGCGGCUAAGGAUGCACUUACUGGCUCAUUCAGCGGGUGCCAAAGCCUUUGUCUGCGAUCAGUGUGGUGCCCAGUUCUCGAAGGAGGAAGCCCUGGAGACACACAGGCAGACCCAUACUGGCACGGACAUGGCUGUCUUCUGUCUUCUGUGCGGGAAGCGUUUCCAGGCACAGAGCGCGCUCCAGCAGCACAUGGAGGUCCACGCGGGCGUGCGCAGCUACAUCUGCAGCGAGUGCAACCGCACCUUCCCCAGCCACACCGCCCUGAAACGCCACCUGCGCUCACACACAGGCGACCACCCAUACGAGUGUGAGUUCUGCGGCAGCUGCUUCCGGGAUGAGAGCACACUCAAGAGCCACAAGCGCAUCCACACGGGCGAGAAGCCCUACGAGUGCAAUGGCUGCGGGAAGAAGUUCAGCCUCAAGCACCAGCUGGAGACGCACUAUCGAGUGCAUACAGGUGAGAAGCCCUUCGAGUGCAAGCUGUGUCACCAACGCUCCCGGGACUACUCGGCCAUGAUCAAGCACCUGCGAACGCAUAACGGCGCGUCGCCCUACCAGUGCACCAUCUGCACGGAGUACUGCCCCAGCCUGUCCUCCAUGCAGAAGCACAUGAAGGGCCACAAGCCCGAGGAGAUCCCGCCCGACUGGAGGAUAGAGAAGACUUACCUCUACCUGUGCUACGUGUGAGGCCGGCCUGUGGCCGCGGCUGGGGAGCAAGGAGCAGGAGGAGAAGAGAUGGAGCUGGGUGGAGUCCAGGAGGACCGUGCAGGGGAAAAAAAAAAACAAAAACAAAAACACAGCAAAAAACAAAAAGCAAACAAACAUAAAAAAGCAGAAAGGAAAAAGAGAGAAAGGAGGAGAAGGAAGUCUCGGAGCUGUCUGGCUCUGGUUCUGUCUGGGGCUCCAGGUGACCCGGAUGCCUGGCUCAGCCCCUCCACCCAGGCUGGGGGUCCCUCCUUUCCUGGCUGGGGGUCGGCCUGCUCUUUUUGGGUAGGGGUGGAGGCAGGGGUUUGUUGAGCUCAGAUGGUGGGAUGUUUCUCUCUUCCCUACACCCAGAUCCUCCUUUUGUGUCUGGAAACAGAGACUAGGAAGGGGCUGAGGGACCCUCUGGUCAGAGUCAGACCAUCCCUGCCUGCCAUCCUCUCACUGAGUCCUUGGAAGGUGCGGGGCUGAGGGAUGGGUGGGGGUGCUCCAGGGGCGCGGGCUGCAGAGGGUGGGGCUGGGCUGGGUCACUGGUUGACACUCACAACGGCAGCUCUAGUUUGCUGGGGGGCACAUUGGGGUGGGGAGGGGCCCUCCCGCCCUGCCCACUGCUCAGUUCAUGUGUUGCUUUCUUCCUCCGCCACACCCAGGGGUCCCUUCACAGUCUUUCAGGAGCCUUGAGGCCCGGCUCCCCGGCUCCCCUUGACUCCUGUCCUCCCCCACCCCCCCAUGGAUCGGAGUGUCUCCUGCCUCCUCCGGCUCCCUGCUGGAGAAGCUGGGUCUGACUCAAGAGCCCCCUCCCCUGCAACUUGCACCCUUUCGCUUCCUGAAAAAAAUGCAGACAAAUUCAGUGGAAUAGCCCAUCCCAGUCCAGCCAUCCUGAGCAAGAUUCCUGCUGAGCUGCUUUUGCUUCCAAAAUGGAAAAAUGUAACAACUAAAUACGUGCUGUCCCAGCAAACAAACACAGCCCCUAGGAGGAGGGUUCGGUCCCUGAAAGGGCUUGUUGGCCGUGGAGGGAUGUGACGUCAUUCUCCAGAGGUGCCCUACACCUGGAGCGGGGGGACCCCUGUCCUGGGAGGGAGUUAGGGAGCCGUGCUGGGGACCCUUGGAACUCAGGGGACCCCCCAGGCCUGGUGCUUUCUGCGGGGAGAGCCAGGUCCAGAGGGCUGUGCAGAAUUCCUGACUCCCAGGGGCCCCCAGGCCGCCGAGAGGAGGAGUUGAAAGCGCUUUGCCUUGCGUUCCGUUUUGCUUCUUUUCUGUGUCCUCUGUUCACCUGUUAGCACAUUGUACUUGAAUUACCUCAGUUUUUUGUGACCUCAUGAGCUUUUUUGACCCCUGUAUCUCUGUUUUGGUUGGGGGUUGGAGGAAUGGGGAGAGUGUUCUUUUCAGUUUCUUGUGUAAAUUAAUAGCUGGUUUAAUAGACUUCAGCUGGCCAAGGCCCUCCCCAUCCCCUCGGACGAGCCUCCCAGAUGGAGGGAGCCGUGCAGAAGGAGCUGAGUACUCAGGAUCUGAAUGGGAGGCCGGGGCAGGAGGUGGGUGCCCGCCGGGGGACGGGGUGCCGGGGGCGGGGGGGGCACCGCAGGCCCGCAGCUGGCUCCGACCAGGCAUGACGUCACCAGGCCUCAAACACUCUGGAGCGGAUCCCACCUUUCUUACAGUUUGCUGGGUCCUCCGGGUCUGGGGGCCUGUGUUCUUCAAAUCCUUUUUCACGCGUGUGGCCCUAUCUCCGUGUGCAUUAUCACUGCCAAAACUGGCCUCUGGUCUCUCUGCAGGGCUGGUUGGGGAUGAGACGGCCCGUGUGUUGUUGCAAUGGGGCGGGGGUGUUGUUUUUCUCAAAGCUACCUCUUACGUUUGUCCAGUUCUUUUGUCCCCUUCACGCCUCCCCUCUGCUGCUCUGUGUCCCCUCCCCACUUCGCCCCAGCCUCCUCUCCCUGAAGUUUUGGAAAGCACAUUUGCAAUAUUUGUGUUCGCUUUGAGACGGGUUUUCCGUUUCAUCUCAUGCUUUAUUUGUAAGAGUUGUUUGUGGUUUUGUUGUUUUGUUUUUUUUUUUCUUCUUUCUCUGAGAAAAUUGUGGCUGCGUUUUUAUCUUUAGGUUUUAAAAAGGGGUUUAGGGAAGUGGUUUGGGGGAGAAGGGUUGUGAGGCAUACAGGGAAGUCGGAGGGGUGCGUGCUGCUGUGACCACCCCCUGAUCCUGGGCCCCGUCCCUUCUGUUCUCCCCUUCAAUCUCGCCCACCAAAUCUGAAGGCCUUAAACGUGGUGUGUUGGGGGGAUACGGAUUGGGAGGACUGUGUCACUAGACCGUGGACUGGGGGGUGAUAACGUAGGGAAGAUGCUGUUUUGCAACUAUGAUGAUGAUACAGUGCUUUGGAAAGGAAAAAAAGUUAAACUUGAAAUAUGUAACUAGAACAGUUGUCUUGUUUAUAAUGUGAAAAGAGUGGAAUCAUUGGGGGAGGAGCAGUCCGUAAGAAAUCUGUGUGCACUAUUGCGGCCUCCCCCAGUCCUGGAAGAAGGGGGGACAGGCUGGCCCUCAGGGGAUCUAUAAAUCCCAGAAAACAGUGUUUGAACAGCAAGAUAUCAUUCACCUUAGGUGGGGAAGGGAAAAAAUAAAAAAUCAAACUAUUCCAUAGGCCCAGCUGACCCCUCUCCCUCUCCCCUUACCCUUCCCACACAGCCUGGGUCUCCUCCCCUGUUCAUAAAAGCUGAGAGGGUUGAGCUAAUAUUUACAAAUUGUAAUAUUUUUGUAAUAUUUGUUAGUUCCUUCAUCAGUUCUACCAGACCUUGCCCUUUUCCUUUUGUAAUGUGAAUAGGAAAAAAAAAAAAAGACAAAAAAAUUCACCACCACCACCACCACCAAAAUGUCCCUUUGUACAUGCGUGUGCGUGCGUGUGCUUAUUGUGUGCGGUUGUGUGUUCAGUCAUGCAGUAUUGUCGUAAUCUGGUGUUGCAGCGCUGGAUGGUACUUAAUCAGCCCCUGCCAGCCCCCACCAUCCCAGAGGGAUCCUGGCGGCAAGAUGGGGAGAGAGAGGGUGUUGGCGUGGGGUCUCUGAAGGAUGCUGAGCGGGGAGAUCUCUGUACCCGGCUCUCCCCUCCUUCCACGAAGCCCCAGACUCCCUGAAGAGACUCCAGCAUGCCUCUUGCCCCAGCUUCCUGCUCACAGAGACAAAAACGAUGCUGACCUUGCCAAGGUGGUCGGGCCUGAUGGCCAAGGUGAAGGUCAGAGGUGAUCUGGAGGCUUUAGACGUGUCUGCACAAAGAGGGCCAAGGAGACGAGGAGGGUGGAGGCCAUGCUCUGCCAGGUGAGAUCCCAGUGCUCUCACUGCCCUCUUCUCUGCCACCUGGCUCCUUGGGCACCCCUUGCCUCUGGCUGUGGUACUACUGACAGCCUGACUUGCUACUGCCUUACCCAGCACAGUGAGCUUGUCCAGUCUGGGAAGUCCAUGUGGACUAACAGUCCCUUUCCCGUGUUCAGCUCCUAUAACUGUGCCCCCUAAUGCUUUUGGUGACAUUUCCCCCCUCACUCAUCUGCUCUUUCCCUGUUCACUCCUUCACUCAUUCAAAGCAUUAAAAUCCUAUGUGUAUAUAGGAUAGACAAAUAUAUAGAGAGAUAUAUAUAUAGCAAGAGAGAGAUAUAAAAUAGUAAAUAUCUUUGCUGCUUUAGGCUGCUUUGGAGGAGGCCACGAAUACGGGGAAGGGAGAUGUGGGGUGUAGGGGUGGGGAGGGAGGCUGGGGGACCCAGUGAUUCAGUACAAUCCAGGGAUGCAACGCGGGCUUGUUUAAUCUUUGUGCCUGAACAGUUUUUCCAUGUGUAGAAAAGAAAAAAAAAAAAAAGGAAAAAAAAGAAAAAAAAAAAACUGCUGCAAUUUUUCACAAGUGUAUGGUACCCUUCUGGAUGCUGUUGGUACAACCGGCUGCUGGGGUGUCAAGGCCUUGGAAGGACAGAGCUGAUUGGUUCACCUCCUUACAGGGGAGUGAACAGUGGUGGGGGGCAGCCUUCUGACUCCCGGGGGUGGUGGGGGAGAUUGGUGACCAGUUCCCUGCAAACCCCAUGAGGGCAAAACCUGGGGGCAGUGGAUGUUAAGACAGAAAAGUGGAAAGCGAGCAGACCGUUCGUUUUUUCCUAGGCCUAUGUCAAAUCUGUUUUCCCCCUCCUGUCUUUUUCCCCUCCAUCUCGGAGCUCCGCUGGUGGCACUUAACCUGAUAUUUCAGUAGGAGGGGAAAAAGGCCAGACCAGGCCUAUACGGUGGGACUGCUGGGUGGAGGGGAAAGGCACAGCCAACCAGGAAGAAGGUGUGCAAGACAGACCAGGAGAGCUGGGUCAGGGGAAGAGGGCUGGGGGAGAGGGCCUUCAGGCCCUGCAGCCCUGCCUCCCUGGGUCCUUGGCAUCCCACUUUGCAGACAGGGUACCGGCCUCCUGGUGUGUGUCAUAGGAGUUGUUCACAUAGUGUUAUGCAUGAUCUUUGUGAGGUUAAGACGCCGUGGUGGUGCACCAUGACAUCCGACCCAUAUAUAUAAAGAUAAAUAUAUAUAUAUAUGUAUGUAAAUUAUAGCACUGAGGGCUUGCCGCCCUGCUGGACCAAGCAAAACUAAGCCUUUUGGUUUGGGUAUUAUGUUUUGUUUUGUUACUUGUUUUUUUUUUUGUGGCUUGUCUUCUGUCCUGACAGCACAAGUGCCAGUCCGAUCGCGCUGUAUUACAGAAUAGUGUUUUUAAUUAAUUGAUGUUCUAGUUCAUGUCUACCUCAGCACCUCCUCUUAGCCUACUUUUAGGAGGUUGCCCAAUUUUGUUUCUUCAAUUUUACUGGUUACUUUUUGUACAAAUCUCUCUCCCCCCCUUCUCCUCUGUUCCCCACUCCUCUCCCCUCCCUCCCUCCGUCCCUUUCCCCUUCCCUCCCCUCUCACUUCUGUUUGUUUCACUUUCUGUCUCACUCUCCCCUUCUUGCCCCCCUCUGGCCCCACCCAGCCCUGAGACUCCCACGUUGUGCUUGCCAGCCCCUAUCUGUUCUAAGCCCGAAGCAGUUCACCCGAACUUGUGCGGUCCUGGUUGCAGCUUGCCGCAUCUGCCUUCGUUUCGUGUAGAUGGACGCGUUUCUUUGUAAUUUCAGUGUUUCUGACAAGAUUUAAAAAGAAAAAGGAAAAAAAAAAAAGAAAAAAAUGAAUUUACUGCUGCAGGUUUUUUUCUCUCUCCAUGUGUCACUAAGUGAAGUUUGUGCCUUCUAUAGCAAAGAGAAUAUUUUUUACAUCCUACUAACAGUAGAUUUUUUUGUAGUGAACAUUUUUUGUAUUUUUAUUUAUAAGUCUCAUAAGAAAAAUAGCAAUGUUCAGUUGUAUACCUUGAAUCUGCAGUUAGAAGAGAAUAAAGUUAAUUCAGUUGUCUCUGG